AAUUCAUCCGUUCACAUUUUUUUUUUUUAAUUUUAUUUUUUAUCGAUCUUCUCAAUUAACUCACCGCUCUCUGUCUCUAUCUCUUCGGUAUUUCGCCGGUGAGAAAUGUAGAGAGAGGCACCAUCGGAGCACGGCGGCGAAUUUUAGAGCCAUAGGGAUUGCUGUCUUCAAUUUGCGGAAGAAGACGGGAAAGAAGAAGAACAAGAAAUGCCGCUGACCAGGUACCAAAUAAGGAACGAGUACGGCUUGGCGGAUCCGGAGCUGUAUAAGGCCGCCGAUAAAGAUGAUCCCGAAGCACUUCUUGAAGGCGUCGCCAUGGCCGGCCUCGUCGGAGUCUUGCGCCAGCUCGGUGACCUUGCCGAGUUUGCUGCUGAGGUAUUCCACGACUUACAUGAAGAGGUAAUUUCAACGGCUGCAAGAGGCCAUGGCCUUAUGAUUCGCGUGCAGCAACUUGAGGCAGAAGUUCCUUCAAUUGAGAAAGCAUUUCUGUCCCAAACAAAUCAUACAUCUUUCUUCACUAGUUCAGGACUUGACUGGCAUCCUAAUUUGCAGUCAGAGCAAAGUCUUAUUACUCGUGGAGACUUACCUCGGUUUGUCAUGGAUUCCUAUGAAGAAUGCAGGGGCCCCCCACGUCUAUUCCUUUUAGACAAGUUUGAUGUUGCAGGGGCUGGGGCAUGUUUGAAGCGAUACACUGACCCAUCAGUUUUUAAAGUGGAAUCCACAGCUUCUGAGAGAUCAAAUAUUGAGCAUCAAAGGGAGAAGAAAAUUCGUAAAGUGAAGAGGAAAGGACCACGCUGGAGGAAUGGUGGAACACCAGAGAUUGGACCAACAUCCCAUGCCAAACUACAUCAAUUGUUCUUGGAGGAGCGCAUUGAAAGUUGUUUUAAUGACCCUUCACGGCUUGUAAAAUUGAAGAAAAGGCAAUUUAGUGGAUGUAUUGACUCAAAAGAUGGGAAAAGUUACAUGGAAAAAUUUUUGGAGACUCCUUCUCCAGAGCAUAAGAUGGUUUAUGAAGCAUCUGUUGCUGCACCGACCUUGCAUUUAAGGUCAGACAAUACGAAUGAACUGGGUCUUAGAAUACUUGAUAUCACUACAGUGAGCCCCACAAGCAAAUCUCCCGGAAGGGUAAGUACGUGCUCAUCAUGUUUAGCACAAGAAGAAGAAUUAAAAAGACCAAUCAACGGUGAUGUUUGUGAGGAGAUUGUGAAGAUGACUGAAUCAACUGGAGAUCAUGAGAUUGAAACAAUUCCCAAUCUUCAAGUGGUGCUAGUUGAAAACCAAAUAGAAUAUGGUGAAGGGAAAACAGAGAGCAGUAUAGAUGGGUAUCGUUCUGAUGAGGUAAUCAGUGAAGUAGACAACUAUGUGGAUGCUCUCGCUACUAUGGAGUCAGAAAUGGAAACAGACAAUGAACCUAGAUCUAAACAUGUUAACCUUCUGAAAGUUGGAGAACAGAGAAGUGAAUCUGAUGCAAAUGAUGAACACUUGGAAACCAUAGCUCAACUAUCAGAUUCACAAUCCCUCGUGAACUCUUCUGUAUCAGAUGAUGGUAAUAGUUCAUUAAAGAGAGAGAGAUCCAGUUUUCCGUGCUCUGAUACGGUGAGUAGUUUGGUUGACAACAUACAAUAUGAUUCUGAAGGUACCUCUAAAGCAUUAUCUACAAUUCCAAAACUGUGUAUGGUGGAUAUUGAAAAUAUGCCCUGUAAUCCAGAUUAUAUCUCUCAUUCUCAUGAAAGAAAAGCUGAUGAAAGUGGACCCGAUAAUACUAGUGUUCAUGAAGAUAAAAUCUCAAAAUCUGAAAAGGUAUCUGGUGAUUCAUGUUUUUUGGAUCCAAUUACUCCACAACCACGGUUAGACCCAGACUCAUUACCACCUUCAUCCUUAUUGGUGGAACCAAAGUUGUAUAAUAAAUCAUCUACCAACCUUGUCAAUUUUGGUUCACAGAUAUCAAUUACAGAGACAGGCCUAGAUUGUCACAGAAAUGUUUUCCUCGAUGUUCCAUCUGAGACUGUUAGUGGUGCUGAGCACACAAUUUCUUCUGAAGUUUAUCAUAUUAGAGACAGGGAGGGUGUAGAUGUGAAUGCCACGUCUGAAAAUUCGUUGCAUCUUUCAAAUGUUUUAGGGCAAGCUGUUGAGAUUGAAGCAGUAGAAAAGGUUGAGGGUACAUUGCUUCAAAAAGAAUACCAGGAUGAUAGAACUAUUGAUAAGCAACCCUUGCCAGAAAUCGAAUCGUGUCCUAGUUUUAUUUUGCCCUCUGAGACUUCACUUGCUUCUACAAAUAAUUCUUCAGAUGACAUAUGUAAUUCUAUUGUCCUCAAAGGUGAUGAUAACAGAGUGGCGGCUGAAGCAAAAUAUGAAGACUUACCUCUUGCAGUAGAUUUUUUGCUGACCCAAGAUUUGAAGGAUGAGAGCAUUAUGGCAACUGAAGUAAAAUAUGAAGAAUUAACGCUUGCAGCAGAUUACUCUCAGAAACAGGAUUUAGAUGUAGUAGAUGAUGUUCUUCAAGUUGAAGAUGGUUUGGCAGAAACUGGUGUAUCAUAUUCUGAAAGGGAAGCAAAUAUCGUAGAUAUAACAAGCAUAGCUGACGAUGGAAAAGUAACCAUAUUCCCUCAUGCUGAUAAUAUCUCGGAUGAGCUGCAACUUUCUAAUCCAAAUGAUACAGUUCAUGAGAUACAUUUGAACUCACCAGAGUUUGUGACUGAAACAGUUAAUCCAGAAGGUAUUACUGUGCCUAGCACUGCUGUUUCCUCCGAUUAUGAACUUGCUUCACCAUGUGAUCUGGACCAUGAGGAUUCUGUACAGUAUAGUGAUGUUGCGACUGAAAAGGUUCGAGCUGAUGAGCUGGUUGAUUCUGCACACUGUAGUGACGUUGUGACUGAAAAGGUUCAAGCAGAUGAGGGGGUUGAUUCCGUAAACUGUAGUGACGUUGUGACUAAAAAGGUUCCAGCAGAUGAGGUGGUUGAUUCCAAUGUUGCGACUGAAAAGUUUAAAGCAGAUGGUGUGGUUGGGUCCACUUCAAUUGAAGCCAAUACUGCUACUAUAACUGAAGUCACACCCAAGAAUUUAGAUCAUUUCAGUGAUGAAGGAAAUACAAGCAUAGAUAAACUUCCAACUGGAACAUUUCAAGCAGAUGGAUUUGCUUUUGAUACUGAUCCUACGACUGUUAAUGAUGCAAAUGAAGUUGUUUGUGCAUCCUCAAAAGGUCUUUUAUCGACAUCAGAGAAUAUGAAGAGUGAUUUGCUAGAGAAUCAUACUGGCUUUGAGAAUCCAUACCCAGAUCAGAAUGGAUUUAAAGAUACUUCAGAUUAUUCAGUAGAACCAGUAGAGGUUUCUUGUGCUCCUUUAGACUCUAAAGACGAAUUGGUUUUUGACCAUUCUGAUUCAGGGAAGAUUGAUGGUAUUGAUAAUUUACCUGUGCCUACACAGACCCAAUGCACUUCAGUUAUUGAUGAUCUCUCUUUCAACGCAAAAUCUUUGGACCUGAGAAAUCUGGAAUCACAAUCAAAUUCUUUGCAUCAGGGUGAUCUUAAAGAAGGCAUCGAAUUUAUGUCUUCUCCUCCUCUAUGUUUGUCCUCUGCCAUUGAAACUUCCAACGAGCCAUCAUCAGAAUUGCAAGCUAAACACAAAGAAGUGGAGCUUAUACAAGCAGAUGAUGUUUCCAGUUCUUCACGUCUUGAACAAUGCAUAAAAAUACGAUCUCCAGGUCAGUUAGAUGAAGAAAAGGUUGAACUGGUACAAUCUUCGGAUCCAGUCCAACAAGAUCAAAGUUCUAAAUGCAAUGCUAGUGAAGAAACAAUUCAAGCUGGGCGUUCACUAUCAGAGUUAUCUAUACAACAUCCGAUUGGUGAAUUCAAUAUGACAGGUCGUGCAUUACAGCCUGUCCUACCUAGUGAAGAAACCAUUAAAGCUGGAUAUUCACUAUCAGAGUUAACUAUACAACAUCCGAUUGGUGAACUCAAUAUGACAGGUCGUACAAUGGAUACAUUACAGCCAGUCCUACCGAGCUACAUCCUGCUGCCUGAGGUACCUCAAGUCAAUUUGAGUGAGAUGCCACCAUUACCCCCUCUACCUCCAAUGCAGUGGAGAUUAGGGAAGGUUCAGCAAGCUUUUCCUGCUCCACCUGGAAGUGAAGAUCCACUUCAAUCAAUAUUACCACGAAAAGCUGAAGAGAAGGGUAUGUGUUUAGAAUCAUCAAAUGCAGAGAUCCUACAACCUGAGAUUUGCUUUCAAGAUAAGAAGCAUACACAUGUAUCUGGUCCCAUGGUACAUAGCACAAUGCAACCUCCAUUCUCAACGCAACUGCCCAUGAUCAGCAACGAAAACUUUCAAUAUAGUUCUGCCACCAUGGAUAAACAAUAUAAUAAUCCAUUUUUAACGUUACCACCAAUGCCCAAGGAAAACCCAGAGCAGGAUUUUCUUUCACCUGAUGGAGAAAAAGUACGGUCUGAUCUGAACCUGCCCUCACUAGGACCAACAAUUGACGUUCGAAAUUGUAAAAUUGAUAGUGGAUCUUCAUAUGGGCAGUCAUUCCAACAACCUUUUAGUAACUCAGCAUCAGAAAUAGGCUUAAAGCAUGACAUGUCUCAACAUGUCUCACAAGAUAUCGAAGGGGAACAAAGAAAUUCCCAUGUCAUGAUGGGGCCUCCGUCAUUCAUGAUGAAUGAACAAUCUCAACACGACUUGCCAACUACGGAGCAAGAAGUAGCUUCAUCUUCUAAUACAUCUCUUCUGCUAUCAACCUCUGGGGUUGGUUUGCCAAAUGGAAACCCACCUACUAGCAAGCUUCUUCGUCCACGAAGCCCUCUCAUUGAUGCUGUUGCUGCCCACGAUAAAAGCAAGUUGAGAAAAGUUUCUGAUCGGGUACUACCUGAAAUUGGACCAAAGGUUGAUGAAAGAGAUUCACUGCUAGCACAGAUUCGAACCAAGUCCUUCAACUUGAAGCCUGCAGUCGUAACAAGACCCAGCGUGCAGGGUCCAAAAACCAAUUUGAGGGUUGCUGCUAUCUUGGAGAAAGCAAACGCAAUUCGCCAGGCAUUUGCUGGAAGUGAUGAAGAUGAUGAUACUGAUAGUUGGAGUGAUUCUGAAUAAGCCUCAGCUCUUACAGUUCAUAAAUGCUCCAUCGCUGCUCUGCCAUGAACUGGGUUGAAAUUUCUUCCCCCUUGAAUGGUCAAAUUUCGGUAGUAUAGUGUUCCUUUUCUUCUCUAAGCUUCAUAUAUGUAAAGCAUACGUCACAUGUCCCCCCCUCCCCCCUGCUCUCUCUCUCUCUGUUGUCUCUCUCUAUUUUGGUCUCUUGCUCUGGUUCAUCAACAAAGCAAUACCACCCGGCAGACGAAACGAACGGUAUACGACAUACGAGGUAGAGAAUUAUUCAACAAGAGCUGGAGCAAUGAAAGUUUCUGGGUAUCUAGUAAAAUCUUGGCAAAUGUAAAUUGUAUUGGAAUGGGAUUAAAUUUUGGUAUGUAACAUACUUUUGAUGUAAUUUUUGUAAUUGUAGUAGCGUCUCAUCUCAUGCAUAUUUUUCAGUCUUCACCUUAUACUUCUGUUAUGGCCCCGUAUAUUAUAUGGCCUCUUUCUUAGUACAGUGAAAUUCUUUGGUACUGUUACAUUUAUACGAAUAUAUAAUGUUAUACAGACCUAGUUAUAUGA